CUAAAUUCUGGGCUUAAUUGAAAAGAAAUUGUAAAUUAUUUUGUUUACACAGCAAAGUGCACGAAAAUGUUUACCAAAGCGAAGUACAAUCCCUAAUACCACUGCAGCCCCUAGGCUUACCUACGAAUUUAAGGAGUGUGUUUGAGAAUCCACGCCAAGAUGGAGCGCAAGGAAGUGGACACCCAGCAGUUCAUAGAUCAUACGCUGCUGGCCUCGGAACUGCUCCGCGGCGGGGACACCCAUCCCUUCAUAAUGGACUUCAUAGACCACUCGGGAGUGUUUCCGAAGGCCGAGGGACCCACGAACCUGAGCACGAAUCCUGGCAACCCCACCAACAGCACCGGCGACUCUCUCACUCCCGAGCUGAACUUUCACAGCAGCAUCUUCCAGUUCGUGAACAAAUCCUCGCCGGAAACGGACGUGGUGGUGCCGCAGCAGGUGGCCCAGCCGGCCUUCCCGGCUCUGGCCAUCGAGCCCACGGUUCCCAUCGAUGUGUCCGCCGGCCUGCACGAGGACGAGGAGCUGUUGUAUGCGCCCAACGCCUCCACAACGAAUGCGCGCAAGGUGCUGCCCCACAAGAAGCGGAUUUCCAGGAAGCUCAAGGGAACCAUCGAGGCUGACAUGGAGCAGCACAAGAACGUUCAGGAUGUGGCGCCUUCUGCCGUCUACAGUUGCGAGAUCUGUGGCUACGCCGUGCACACCCAGCUGGACUUUUUCGCCCACCUCAAGCAGCACUACGAGCCCAGCGCCGUCCUGCAGGAGCGCUUGGUGGUCCAGCAGACCCACCCACUCCCCCUCCCACACCAGCACCAACACCAACAGCAACCGCAGCAGCAAAAGGAGCCCCUGGACAUGUGUGGGCUGUCUGCUCAGGACAAGCUGCAACAGGAGCAGGCCAAACUGGACCAGGUCUUCCAGGACGUCCAACUCAACUUUGAGAACUUUCAGAACAUCGCCCACCACGUGGACGAAGUGACCAGUGGCGGCGUGAACAUGGUCAUGCAUGGGCAGCCCAACAAUGGAGAACAGUGUCCCAUGGUGGUCGUCAAUCCCGGCUCGAACCCCAGCACCGUUCCGGUGGUGGACGACGUGGAGUUCAGCGACACGGAGGACAUGCUGGAAGGCAUACGCAACGUGGUCGAUAAGGUCUCCAUAGAAGACACCUGCGACGAGCUGGUGGACCUCGAGCUGACCUCCAGUGCCAUGAGAGCGCCGUGGUUCAAUAACAACUUCAGCGACAUGACAUUCCCGGCUCUGUUGCUGCCCGGAGAACCACCUCCAACUUCCGCAGAGCAGUCUGCCCCUCUACUGAAAGAUCCGGCCCAUCAUUCAGAGGACCACAUGGCCCUGGACUUCCUGAGCCCCGAAAAGGACGACUCCCAAGGGGGGUCCAAGCUGGAGGAGUCUCUGCCAAAGCCUAGUGAGCCGAAUGAGGCAUCCUUGAUGGUUGCUGGUGCGCCGCCUCCAGUGUGCCAAACCCCUCCCCCGCCUUCGAUCGUUGUGCCCCCCAAUUCCACAAUCGAGCAGCUGCGGAGAUCCCCUCUGGGGCUGGGCGAAGCCUACAAGCUGGACAAAGAGGAACAGGAGGAGGAGGAUGUGGGUGACAGCGGUCGGCCGUCUCCCUUCGAGGAGGACGAAGCAGAGGAUCCUGAAGACGAGUGCGACGGCGGCUACCAUUUAGAGACGCUGGACACGAGCUUGCCGGAGGAGGCUGGCAGCAAGUCGCGACGGAAGCACUUCUGCGACAAGUGCCAGCGGGACUUCAACUCGUACAACGCCCUGAAGUACCACCAGUACACGCACAACCAGCAGAGAUCCCACAAGUGCGACAGCUGCGAGAGGUCCUUCUACACCCAGAGCGCCCUGAAGGCCCACGAGAGGACGCACUCCGACGUGAAGCCGUUCAAGUGCGAAAAGUGCGAGUUCAGUUUCCGGCAGUGGGGCGACCUCAAGUACCACAUCAUCUCGCGGCACAGCGACAUCAAGGCGCACAUGUGCGAGUUCUGCGGCAAGAGCUUCUCCCGGCGCUACUCGCUGGUCCUCCACCGGCGCAUCCACACCAGCGAGCGCAACUACGCCUGCCAAUACUGCGACAAGACCUUCCGGGCCAGCUCCUACCUGAUCAGCCACGUGAAAGUGCACACUGGGGAGCGGCCUUACGAGUGCUCCGUCUGCGGCAAGAGGUUCCGAGUGUCGGGGGACCUGAAGCGACAUUCCCGGAUCCACGAUCCCGCCAGAGCCAGCAACCCCUCCCCCACAGCGGCGAAAGUCAAGAAGAAAAAGCACGCCGGCCAAGCGGAACUGAGGCCGGCGGAGGAGUUGGAAGCCAGCCCAGGUACCCUUAAUCACAAGUCUGACGCCAUGUGCGAGUCCGAGCAGGGCGUUCUGCGCUUAUAGCCCUGCCGUGCCCAGGUUUCUCGGUGUAGGAUCAGUAGGUUUUGUAAAUAAUCGAAUCUUAGCUUAAAGGCAUGCAGAAUAAAACGAUACGAAUUUGUGAGAUGGA